GAAAGUUAUCGAAUGGUGUACACUGCUCAUCAGAGAAAUCUAUUAGAGAUAGAGUACAAAAGCAAAGGGUUUAUUGAACGAAAGGAUCGGGAACGGAUCGCCGAGCAAACCGGAUUAGAUGAUAGCCAAAUUAAAUAUUGGUUUCAAAACCGCAGAGUCAAAGAUAAGAAA